AUGUCGUCUGAUCAAGCCGCCGCGGCCCCAAAGGCGGCUGAGGCCCAGAGCCUCCCGUCGCGACCCGCCAAGCAGCCCAAGGAGAAGGCCCCCAAGGGCGGCAAGAGCGCGGGGCUCGAGCUCCCCACGCUCCCCGAGUUCAUCCAGCACCGACUCGACCUCUUUGACAAGAUCAAGGCCCGACAAGACGCCGAGAUUGCUGCCCAGCCCCGCGAGGAAAUCACCAUUUCCCUGCCCAAUGGCAAGGAGGAGAAGGGCACGUCUUGGGAGACGACGCCCGCCGCCGUCGCCAAGGGCAUCUCCAAGUCGCUGCUCGAGCGCACCGUCAUCUCGAGGGUCGAAGGCGAGCUCUGGGACCUCACGCGGCCCCUCGAGAAGAGCUGCAAGCUCGAGCUGAUCGACUUUGAGGACAUUGAAGGCAAGAAGGUCUUCUGGCACUCGUCUGCCCACAUUCUGGGCGAGGCCUGCGAGCGCCGAUUCGGCUGCUACCUCUGCAAUGGCCCGCCCACGGAGGAUCCCCCGGGUUUCUACUAUGACAUGGCCAACAUGGAAGGCGCCGCCGUCUCUGACGAGGACAAAAAGGCCCUCGAGACCCUGUCCUCCUCCAUCAUCAAGGAGAAGCAGCCUUUCGUCCGCCUCGAGAUGACCAAGGACGAGCUCCUCGAGAUGUUCCGAUACAGCAAGUACAAGGAGUACUUCAUCAACCAGCGCGUGCCCGACGGCACCAAGAGCACGGUGUACCGAUGUGGUCCCCUCAUCGACUUGUGCAGAGGGCCGCACGUGCCUCAUACGGGCAACAUCAAGGCCUUUUCCGUCCUGAGGAACUCCGCCGCGUACUGGCUUGGUGACAGCAAAAACGAGUCCGUUCAAAGAAUUGCCGGCAUCUCGUUCCCUGACAAGAAGCAGCUCGAAGAGUACAAGGUGUUCCUGGCCGAGGCUGCCAAGCGCAACCACCGCAAGAUCGGCCAAGACCAGAAGCUCUUCUUCUGGGACGAAAUGUCCCCCGGUUCCACGUUCUGGCUUCCCCACGGCACGAGAAUCUUCAACUCCCUCAUGGAGCUUGUCAAGGGCGAGUACCAGACCCGCGGCUUCGUCGAGGUCAUGACGCCCAACAUGUACAAGGCCGACCUGUGGAAGACGUCGGGUCAUUGGGCCCACUACGAGGAGAACAUGUUCACCUUUGAGGUCGAGAAGGAGAAGUUUGGCCUCAAGCCCAUGAACUGCCCUGGCCACUGCAAGAUUUUUGCCCACUCGGACGUCACGUACAAGGAGCUGCCCUGGAGGAUGGCCGACUUUGGCGUGCUGCACCGAAACGAGUUUUCGGGUGCCCUGACGGGCCUCACGCGUGUGCGACGAUUCCAGCAGGAUGACGCUCACAUCUUCUGCACGAUCGACCAGAUUCGUCAAGAGAUUGAGGGUGCCUUUGACUUCCUGUACGCCGUCUACGGCCUGUUUGGGUUCCAGUUCAAGCUCAAGCUGUCCACGCGACCCGAGAAGUUCAUCGGCGAGAUCUCGCUAUGGGAUCUGGCGGAGAAGAAGCUCGAGGAAGCUCUCAUCUCCUUCACGGAGCGCAUCGGCGCCAAGUGGGAGCUCAACCCUGGCGAUGGUGCCUUUUACGGCCCCAAGAUCGAUAUCACCGUCUACGACGCGCUGAGGCGAGACCACCAGUGCGGCACGAUCCAGCUGGACUUUAUGCAGCCUCAGCGGUUCAAGCUCCGAUACGUCGCGGCCAAGGAUGACAGCGGUGCUGCCACGAACAACGACGACCCGGAACUGCCGGUCGGCUACGCCCGUCCCGUCAUGAUCCACCGAGCGGUGCUGGGCAGCUUCGAGCGCAUGAUCGGUAUCCUCACGGAGCACUUUGCCGGCAAGUGGCCCUUCUGGCUGAGCCCGCGCCAGGUGCUCGUCGUCCCCGUCAUGCCCGCCGUCAACGGCUACGCGCAGGAGGUGCAGAAGCAGUUCCACGACAGUGGCUUGUUUGCCGACGUCGACUUGAGCAGCAACACGUUCCAGAAGAAGAUCCGCACGGGCCAGCUGGAGCAGUACAACUUCAUCUUCGUUGUCGGUGCCCAAGAGGCCGAGUCGCGCACGGUCAACAUCCGCAACCGCGACGACCAGAGCACGCAGAGCAAGGGCGAGCUGAUCCCGGUGCAGGAGGCGCUGGAGCACCUGCUCAAGCUCAAGGCGGAGAGGAGACUCGAGAACAAGUACUAG